AUGGCUGACGACGAUUCUUCUGAGCUUUCGUCGUUGUCGUCGUUAUCGCCGGUCCCUUCUGAUAUCGAGUCAGAUGCAGCUCCCGAGCCGGCGCCCAAGAAGAGUGGCAUCCUGAACUUCUUCCCUAAGCUCGCCAAGGGCAAGAAGGCCACUGCCGUCAAAAAGGAGCCUUCGCCGCCUCCGCGCAAACGAUCGCCCUCUCCUCCACAUGAAAAUGCGUUUGAGGAUAAUCCAGACAUUGCUUUCCUCGUUAUGUUCCGCAGUCGAUUCAACGAUGCCUUCCCUAAAUCUCUAGCAAACUUCGGUCCCCAAGAACUCGAGCGCGAUAUUAUAGACAACCCUCCUGGCGAACGGGCUGAGGCUUUCCUCUGUGCCCUCUUGUUCCUGCUCCUCAACCGCAAACAGGACGUCAAGGCUGGCCAAUACUCGAAGGCUUUAGACGAUGCUCUGGCUGCUCACAAAUCGCAAUGGCCACGGUCAUGGGAAGGCGUUAACCCUUUGUCAGGGGGCAAGACAUUCCAUACCCUGGCACCUACUCAGAGACUUUCUUUACUCCGAGCGUUAGCUCUGUGGUCUCUCUCGGCAUCGGAAACGGUGAAGACGAUCGUUAACAAGUCAUACAAAGGCAAUCGACAAGAAGACGACUUGAACCAACCACUGUCAGUCCAGCCGUGGGGCUCUGAUAGUGACAGGAGACGUUACUACUUGAUUGAGGGCUUGGAUGACACUGCUUUCCGCGUGUAUCGAGAGAGCAACCCCGCCGGCUUCAACCGCACUUGGUGGUCAGUGGCCGGGUCAAUCGACGAGAUUAAGGCCCUUGCAGAGAAAUUAGACAUGAAAGAUGGCGGCCCCAAAGCCAGGAAGCUUGUAGACAAGAUGAUGCAGGCUAUCCCUCGUUUCGAGGCUACUGAGGAGAAACGCCGACGCAGAGAAUACAGGCAAGCUCAGAAGGCCCGGUUCAAACGCCCGGAGCCUGGCUUCUCCAGUUACGAGGGUCGCACAAGAGGCAAGCGGGUCAAGUACACCUUCUCCGACGAUGAGGACUUCCUCACAGACUCAUCGUACAGGCGCUCGGCACGCAACACAGGCACUAACACACCUGUGGAACCUGCCGGCCCAGUCACCACUGCCAGUGGGCGCCAGAUCAGAGCUCCCACACGACUCAACGCUAGUAGUGCAGCCGGUAGUGUCAAUGGAGACUCUGAAGAUUCCCGCCAGCCAUCCCCCGGUGUUGGCCCGAGUGGGAGGCCGCGCAGAGCCGCAGCUGUAAACCAUGGAACCAACGGAUGGUCCGCUAGAGACACGCGCUCUCGUGCUCGAGGCUCUGUCGAUGGAGACGACGAAGACGACAUCAGUGAGCCCGAUCUGGGCGAUGACGAGGAAGAGGACCACGUACCAGAUGAGAGUGAGGAAGAGGAAGAUGAGUUAGACGAGGACGUAGAGAUGGUUGAUGACGAGCCGAAAAAGAGCUUGAUCGUUAAGCUAUCGGUCAAGAAGUCACCAGCAACAGCAAAAGCAGCCCUGAUCAGUCCCGCACCAGAGGAGGAAGAGGCCAAUGGUGAAUUGGUGGACGAAAUUGUUGCGAAGCCCAAGGAGAGAACACCGGAGCCGGUGAUCAACGUGGCUGCCAACAAACAGACCUUGAGCCCUGCUGCUGUUCAGACUUCUCUGGCUUUUAGAGGAAGCCCAGAAAAGCCACCAUCUCUGCCGCAGGUCUUGGAUGUCGGCUCACGAGAAUAG